GGGAGAAGAGUUACGUUGCUUUUGCUUGAGUUCUUUUGUACAAAGAAUCAGUGUGGUGCCUGAAUUUUCUAAUUUGGAAUUUGCCUUUUACAUUUACAGAGUUAAAAUCUGAUCUUUAAUAGAUUAAAUCCAGUCCUUCCCACUUAAAAACUUUUUGUUGUUUCCAUUUGAGGGACCAUCCAAUUUCUUACUUUAGACCCAACUCAAAGUACACAGAACCCAUCUGUGUACUUAUUUUCAGAUAGUACAGGAAGAAUGGCAGCAAAUACAGAUAAUUCUUUUCCCUAGGAGUUUACAAUACAAGGGCAUUUCAUGGACAUUUCCCUAUCCUCCUGAAACAAGAGAAAUGCUAUUCUACACACCAUGUAGUCAAUUGAGUAUUAUCUUACUCCUCCCUUAUGCAAACUAGCCUUACAUGUAGUUAUUGCAGCUUGAGUAUCAUGUCAUGUUGCCCGAUGCCAUGGCAUUAAGUGACUUAUUUUCCAAAUAAAGUAAAUCAGUGAAAGUAAUAAAACUCUGCGUUGUCUGUCUGUUCAGUUGUCACACAUCAAGGAGAUGACACUGGAGCAAAUCAUAAAUGUCACGAAUAAUGCACUUUGUCUCAGCUGACUUGGGUUACUUCCCUUGUACUUUCAUUCACUUUGUUGUAGUGAAAGAGACUUGGAUCUCAGAUUGUGGGUCAGAUCUCUGACAUCCUCACACUGAGUUAUAGAUUAUGGGGUUCUUCCUUUGUUGUAGCUACUUAAUUCUUUGGACAUCAGGCUUCCGCUGGGGAGGGAAAGGCAAGCUGGAAGCAUCCUCAGGCAGAAGCUCUGCUCCUGGGCUCCACCUCAUCACCUACUACUCCUACCCUCUUCCCUAACUGGGAUUCCCCCAGUACAGUGUUCUAAACCCUGAGUUAUGACACUGGACAUUAAUGUGGGGAGAUCAGGGGGCAAGGAGAGCAUCCUGGAGAGAUGAAAUGCCUAUCUGUAGAUGUGCCCAGAGAAGCUUCUAGAAGGAGGGUCAUGUUGAAUAGCGUUGGAAAGAGCAUGCUCCAGGCAGAGAGGGACAGUCUGUAUGAGGGCUGAUGUUAAUGCCAGCAAGAUGUGCACCUAUGGGGAAAGAUUUGCCAUGCUUAAGCAGAGAUACACAGAAAAGGUUAAUAGUAGGAGUAAGUGGUAGAAGAACAGUAAAAUAGACAGACUUAGAAAUACAAUCUUAGAAGUUUGGACUUAAUAGAGAGCAGCAAACUGCAGGUCUAGUUAAGAGAGAAAGAGAGAGUAUGUUUCUUUUUAAGACUUGAGGAAAGUGUCCUUUACCGGAUGGAAGGUAGAGAGCACUCACACUUCAGUUAUCUGCUGCAAUGUAGUGGUCAGGAAGAACGUGAUUUAGGGUGCUAUCCUGCCUCAAGGAAGGACAACACUCUGUGAUAUCGGGUGAAUCUGAGUGAGAUCUGGAAGGAUCUCUUUGCUUAGAAUUAUGAAUUUUAUGGACUGGGAGGGUAGACCAGGGAGUAUGGCAGGUGGCUGGCCAUGCAUAUGUGGUAUCCAUAAAGUGUAGGAACCUACUAGAUAGAGGUCUAGUGUGGACAGGGUGCAAAGUUUCUAAGUGGCAACAUGUGAAGCUAUUGGCUUUUCUAGGGUUUCCAUCACACCUAGAGUAACAGCCAAAGUCCUCACAGUGAUGCUCAGGCCCUAUGUGAAGGGUCUGGCUUCCUGCUUUCUCUCUGACCUCAUUCUCUACUGCUUCUCCCCUCACUCACUCUGCCCUGGCUCCACAGGCCUCCUUGUUAUUCCUCAAAAAUAGCCAAGUACCAUUCAACACCCAUUAGGAUGGCUGCUAUUAAAAAAUAAAAAAUAACAAGUGUUGGUGAGGAUGUGGAGAAAUUGGGAUGCUUGUGCAUUGCUGGUGGGAAAGUAAAAUGGUGCAGCCACUGUGGAAAACAGUACAGUGACAUCUCAAAAAACUACGUAUACAAUUACCUUAUGAUCCAGCAAUCCCAAUUCUGGAUAUAUAGCCCACAGAUUUGAAAACAGGGACUCAAAAAGAUAUUUGUAGACAUGUCUUCAUAACAGCAUUAUUCACAACACCUGAAAGAUGAAACAACCCACAUGUCCAUCAGUGAAUAGACAGAUAAACAAGAUGUGGCAUAUACACACAAUAGGAUAUUAUUCAGCCUUAAAGAGGAAGGACCUUCUGACACGUGCUACAACAUGGACGAACCUUGAAGACGUAAUGCUAAGUGAAAUGAGUGAGUAACUAAAGACAAUAUUAUAUGAUUCCGGUUACAUGAGGUACCUACAUUAAUCAAAUUCAUAAAGACAAGAAAUAGAGUGGUGGUUGACAGGGACUUCAGGGAGGGAAGAAAGGAGAGCUACUGUUUAAUGGGUAUGGAGUUUCAGCUGAGGAAGAUGAACAAGUUUUGUAGAUGGAUGGUGGUGAGGGUUGCACUACAGUGUGAAGGUGAAGUUGGGUUGGACCACUCAUUUUAAAAUCACAACACCCACUCUGAGCACACUCUAACUUUUUUUUUUUUUUGCUUUACUUUUCUCUGCAGUGCUGAGUACAAAUCCAACACAAUAUAUAUUCUCAUUACUUGUUCGUUUAGUUUUUGCUUCCUACUGCAAGAAUGUAAACAACUCAAGUGAAGGCAUUAUGGAGGAAUAACACACAUCAGAUGAAAUAUGAAGCAGCAUAUUUGAAGCCUGAGCAAUGGAGCACAGCUGCCUCACCCCAAUGCUACUGAAUUCAGCUUCACUGAACCUGAUCUCAGAUUCUAGGCUUCCUGCACUUGCUACAACUCUCUGAUCCUAGGCUCCUCUUCAAUUCCACCUAGAAUGCUGCGUCAGGCACUUCAAAGAUUUGGUCAAAAACUGGUACGCAGAUUUACACUGGAGCAACUGGUGGCUGAGCCUUCCCCUGCCAGAAGCCUGAGCACUUUGGAUUUAGUGGCCCUGGGAGUGGACCACACCCUGGGUGCAGGUGUGUAUAUCUUGUCUGGUGAGGUGGCCAACAAUCAAGCAGGACCAUCUUUCUUGAUCUGCUUUUUGGUGGCAGGCCUAACUUCCUUGUUGGCUGGGCUGUGCUAUGCAGAGUUUGGUGCCCGAGUUCCCCAUUCUGGCUCGGCAUAUCUCUACAGCUUUCUCACCAUAGGUGAACUCUGGGCUUUCAUCACUGGCUGGAUCAUCAUCCUCUCCUAUGUUGCUAAUACAGCUAUGGUGGUGCGGACAUGGAACUUAGCUUUUGACUAUCUGCGUGAGAACCAGAUGUCUCAGACCCUGCAUGAAAGCAUCUCACCGCAUGCUUCCCGUGUUCUUACAGAAUAUCUAGACUUCUUUGUUGUGGGCCUUCUGUUGCUGUUCAUGGAAUUGCCAGCUCUGAGGAUCAGUCAUUCUUCCCUGGUUAGCAGAGUAGUCACAUUGGUGAAACUUUUGGUUCUCAGUUUUGUCAUAGUCGCUGGCUUCAUUAAGGGGGACCUGCACAACUGGAAGCUCACAGAAGAAGACUACAUAAAGGCUGGACUCAAUGACACCUUUGGCUUGGGCCCUCUGGGCUCUGGGGGAUUUGUGCCUUUUGGCUUUGAGGGAAUUCUUCGUGGAGCAGCUACCUGUUUCUAUGCAUUUAUAGGUUUUGACAAUAUUGUUACCAGAGUUGAGGAAGCCCAGAAUCCUGAGCGUUCUAUCCCCAUGGGCAUCAUGAUUUCACUGUCCAUCUGUUUUUUGGUGUAUCUUGGUGUCUCUUCAGCACUUACGCUUAUGUUUCCUUACUACAAGCUUCAGCCUGGGAACACCUUGCCUCAGGCAUUUCUCCAUAUUGGGUGGGCCUCUGCCUACUAUGUUCUAACUUUUGGAUUUUUCUGUAGUCUUUCUGCACGUAUCUCAAGCUUUAUGUUACCCCUUAAUCUGGUGAUAUACAAGAUGGCACAGGAUGGCCUCCUGUUCCCUUUCUUUGCCAGCAUGCAAACCAUCACAUACAUCCGCAUCACAGCCACUGUGAUCUUUGGCAUUAUUGUAGCAAUGAUGGUAUUCUUCUUUGGACUCACUGAUCUCUUGGACUUCAUGUCAAUUGGGACCCUGAUAUCUCAUUCCCUGGUUGCUCUCUGUGUUCUCAUCAUCAGGUAUGAGCCUGAGAGGAAGAAUGGGGGAAAUGAAGCACAGGGGCAGGAGGAGAAUGGACCUGCAGCAGGGAAGCUGACUCUAAGGGGACUGUUUUUUCCAGACAGCCGCACCCCCACUCCACUCUCUGGCAGGGUUGUCUAUGUUUGCUCCUUACUGCUUGUUCUGCUGCUGACUCUUCUUUGUCUGGUGCUAGCCCAGUGGCCAAGUCUGCUUUCUGGAGACCCAGUGCCAAUCACAGUGGUUGUGUUACUCCUGGUACUCAUCACCGGGAUUACGGGGGUCAUCUGGAGACAGCCACAGAGCCCCACUCCCCUUCCCUUUAAGGUCCCUGCUCUGCCUCUCCUCCCACUCCUGAGCAUCUUUGUGAAUGUUUACCUUAUGAUGCAGAUGGCAACUGACAUCUGGGCCAGAGUUGGUAUCUGGAUGCUAAUUGGGUUUGGUCUCUACUUCGGCUAUGGAAUCCAGCACACCCUUGUCACUUAACCUUACUUCACUCUUGGGAUUUGGCAUAGUCUGGUUAACUCCACUUCAGUUAGGGCUGAAACUGUAGAACUUGAACUCCGCAGUUUCAGUGCACAUUCGUUUUGAUAUCGUCACACCUGAAUGCAGUCUGGUCCCCCUAUACAAUAAUGGAGAAUACUUUUCACACAUGGAAAGCUAGGGUCCCAUGGUAUGUUGGUGUGGGAAUACUAAUAGAGUUCUGUAUGUAUUGUGGAGUGAAGGAUAUGUCUUUGCUCUUUCUCUCUUUCGCUCUCUCUCUUUUUUUUUCUCGUCUACUUUUCAAUUAUGUCUGUAUUGCAUACUGGCUUUAAAAAUUUAUUAUUAAAAGAAACUAAGGGUGCCUGGGUGGCUCAGUCCAUUAAGCAUCUGCCUUUGGCUCAGGUCAUGAUCCCAGGGUUCUGGGAUUGAGCCCCACAUCUGGCUCCCUGCUC